UCGUUUUUUUUCACCAUUUUAUCUGAAUUUCGUCGGAGAAGAAAAUAACAGAGUGAAAGAAAAAAUGAGACUCGAGACUCCGGCGGCGACUUCCUUCUUCCUUCUAUACGCCGUCGUUUCGACCUUCAUCGCCGGCUCCACGUCUGACGUCAUCCUCCCGCGUUCUCCGUUCGAGAUUUUUACCGGCGGGAGGUGGGAUCUGCUGCAGCCGAGCAUAGGUGUAUCCGCCAUGCACAUGCAGCUCCUCCACAACAACAAAGUCGUCGUCUUUGACCGUACGGACUCUGGCCCUUCCAAUCUCUCCCUCCCUUCUCAGUCCUGCCCGGACGACGUCGUUUUCGACUGCUCCGCCCACUCCAUCCUCUACGACGUCGUUUCCAACACCUUCCGUCCCCUCACCCUCCGCUCCGACACGUGGUGCUCCUCCGGUUCACUCGACUCCGACGGUUCCCUUAUCCAAACCGGCGGUUAUGGCGCCGGCGAUAGAGCCGUCCGGAGAUUCGAUCCCUGCUUUCCGAACGACGUCGUUUUGUGCGACUGGGCUGAGAACAGCACUUACUUGUCCUCUCGCCGGUGGUAUUCCACCAACCAGAUUUUGCCCGACGGGAGAAUCAUCAUCGUCGGUGGAAGAAGAGCCUUCACGUACGAGUUUUACCCCAAGAAUCUGGAUAAGCCCAUCUUCUAUCUCAGAUUCUUGGCCGAAACCAGAGACCCGAUCGAAGAAAACAAUCUUUACCCGUUUCUUCAUCUUCUUCCCGACGGGAACCUCUUCAUCUUCGCCAACAGGAGAUCCAUCUUGUUCGAUUUCGUCAACCACACUGUCGUCAAGGAGUUCCCGGAGAUUCCCGGCGGCGACAAACGAAACUACCCAAGCACUGGCUCCUCUGUUCUCCUCCCUCUCUGGCUCGAUAGAGAAAGCCGCACCACCGCGGCUGAGAUCAUGAUCUGCGGCGGCGCUCCGCCGGGAUCCUUCCUCAAAGCGGCGAGGACGAUCCCCAAAAUCUUCGUCGAAGCGUCACGCACGUGCGGGAGGCUCAGAGUCACCGACCCGAAUCCGAGAUGGGUCAUGGAGCAGAUGCCGGCGCCACGUGUCAUGUCCGACAUGAUACUGCUACCCACCGGUGACGUCAUCAUCAUCAACGGCGCGACCAAUGGAACCGCCGGUUGGGAGGACUCCACGAACGCGAUGCUCAACCCGUUUCUUUACUCACCCGACGAACCCGACCCGACCCGGAGAUUUCAGAUCCUCGCCCCGACCUUGAUCCCGAGGAUGUACCAUUCGGCGGCUCUUCUGUUGCCCGACGGCAGGAUCCUAGUCGGAGGAAGCAACCCUCACCGGAAUUACAAUUUCACGACGAGGCCGUACCCGACGGAGCUCAGCCUCGAAGCUUAUCUCCCGCGUUACCUCGACCCGCGGUUCUCGCGCCUGAGACCGUCGGUUCUGACGGUGGAGAUGGCGGGAACGAUGUCGUACGGAAAUGGGUUCUCCGUAAAUUUCGUGAUUCCGGCGUACGGAGUGUUCGACGGAGGUAUCUCCGUGCGGCUUGUGGCGCCGUCUUUCAGCACUCACUCGACGGCGAUGAACCAGAGGCUGGUGGUGCUGCGCGUGAGGCGCGUGAUGCAGUUAUCCGUUUUCGCGUACAAGGCUGACGUGGACGGGCCCUCUAAUGCCAACGUGGCACCACCGGGUUAUUAUAUGAUGUUUGUGGUCCACCGUGGAAUCCCCAGCGAGGCUGUUUGGGUCAAAGUGGCUCGACUCUAGCGCUCCUUCUGGGCCGCCGAGAGGGUUAGACACUGCGACGUCGUUUUAUCGUUUUCUG